AUGGUACGCAAGGAUACUGGAAAAGGAGGAGACACGAAGCCGCUACUACAGGAUCUGAAGAAGCAAGAAGACAAUGUUGCUCAUGGUGGCGGCGAUAUCGGAGACUCAAAGCUUCCGAAGGCUGCGGCAGGAAAGAUUGCAUCAAACUUGAACACAGCUAAGGAGACCCAUCGUUCACCUGCCCUACUAGCUGUUCCAUCUCAGAGCACGCAAUCGCUGAGUCCUGACGACAAUGAAUUAUACCCUCCUGAACAGAUAAAAGUAUUACGCCUCAAUGAAAUCAUGGAUGUAACAAACUCUCAAUCAAAUUCAAAACUUAAUGGCGUUCACGUUGUUGAUAAGAGAAAACAAGACUCCUUAAAAAGAUCGGGAACCGCAGCUGAAAAAACGGUUCUUGAUCAGGUGAGAUAUUCGACAAUCUGUGCUUAUGAAAGCGAUUUUGCUUAUCAUACGCUGCUUGUUUUUGUGCAACGAUUACAGGAGUACACUGAAUGGAAAUGA